AUGGUGGGGAAUCAUCAGUCAAUCUCUUUUGGGAGAAUCAUGAUGAUCCUGAUCAAGCUCUUGCUAGUGCUGCAAUGUCUCAUAGUUGUAUCUGAAGCAAAGGUUUCCCGUAAGCCUGGUUAUGACUUCUUCUUCUUUGUUCAGCAGUGGCCGGGAGGUUAUUGCGAUACAAAGCGCGGUUGUUGCUACCCUACUACCGGAAAGCCAGCAGAGGAUUUCACCAUUCAUGGACUCUGGCCUAAUUUCAACAAUGGAACCUAUCCUCAAACCUGUGAUCUCAGCAACCCUUUUGACAAGUCUUUGGUAAGUUAUACCUUAGUCAAAACAACUAUCUCGGACUUGAUAGAGAGAAUGCAAAACGAUUGGCCAACUUUAAGCUGUCCAAGUAGAGAUGGGUUCAGAUUCUGGGGUCAUGAAUGGAACAAACACGGCACUUGCUCGGAAAAUGUCCUCGACCAACACUCUUUCUUCGAGAAAACUCUCGAUUUUAAAAUAUCCUCCAACCUUCUUCAACACCUGAAAGAUGCUGGAAUCAAUCCGGAUAAUGAGUUCUAUAGCGCGAACGAUGUAGAGGCGGCUAUCAAAAACGCGUUAGGCGUGACACCUUACCUCGAGUGUAAUUUUGAUAGAGAAGGAAAUAGUCAACUCUCUCAAGUCUAUAUUUGCGUAGACAAACGUGCAUCUGCCUUCAUUGAAUGUCCAGUGAUGCCCCAUGCCAAACGAUGUACUUCCGAUAUACAGUUCGAGUCAUUUUCCGAUUCUAAAAUCCUUAAUGAUCAAUAAUUUUAA